AUGGUGGAGGGGGCCUGCUCAGUUCAUCUUGCUUGGUGAUGGGCGUGUGGGUUGAUGCUGCUCUGUGGGGUGUAGAGGGGGUGGGGUAAUAUCUUUCAAACAUAUUCACCAUGGUUCAAGAACGAAAAUGUAUAUUGUGCCACAUCAUAUACAGCUCAAAAAAGGAGAUGGAUGAGCACAUGAGAAGUAUGCUUCACCACAGAGAACUUGAAAAUCUGAAGGGGAGGGACAGCAACCACGAGUGCCAGGUGUGCCAGGUGACAGUGGUGGGCUUGACAGCCUACGCUAAGCACAUCUCCAGCCAGCUGCACAAAGACAACGUUGAAGCCCACGAUGGAGAUGAAGGGAAGGAAGACGCUGACGAAGAAUACUUUGACAAGGAACUCAUCCAGUUAAUCAAGCAAAGAAAUGAGCAGAACCGGACAAGUGAAGCCUGCCGUGUGAACCAUGAAACAGAAACCGAAGACAGAAGGUCACAAAGACGGCAAGAUGAUAGAACUUACCAAGACAGAGAACCCUAUGAUUCUUCAUCACGGUACCAUCGUGGGCCACUUCCUAGAGACUGGAAAUGGGAAAACGAUGGCUUCUUAAAUUCUAGACAAGGCAAAUUUGCACAUUCUACAAGGAACCCAAAUAAUAGGCAUCCUGGCAGCCAGAGAGGAAGGCCUGGGUGGCAUCAAAAUAAUUCUGGAGUGCCUUCAAAUCGAUAUCAUAAUUAUGGGAAUGCUGGAGGUGCUUGGCAUCAGAAUUCUGGAGGCGGGCCAUCAGGCUGGCAUCGUGGUGGCAGAGGAAGAAACUCCAGAUGGAAUUCUGAAGGGAAAAAUAUAUUUUCUGGUUGGCAGUCCAAAAACUCUGGGGGUAACUGGAAACUAGGUCAGCAAAGUGGAGGUGGCUGGAAUUUAGGAAGAAAUAGAGCUGCAAAUAAUAUCUCCCAAAUAGACAAUUUGGAUGUCCCCUGGUUUCAAAGCAAGAAUGGACAGGAUAAAUACAGUGGAGAAAUGUACGCCUGGCAGUGGCAGGAUAGUGGGUCUGUGGUACCUUAUCUAGGCCACAUGAAUGAAAAUGACAACCGGGAUUGCUUAUUGGAUUUCACUAGUGAUCACCUUCCUCCAGAUGGGUUGCUGAGCUUUAGCACUUCUGCGCAGCAAGAUAGCAAAGCCUCCAAAGUAAAUGGAAAGUGCAGCAGCCCUUCCCGAGAAAAGGCAAGUCGUUGGGCUCCAUAUCCCUCUCAGAAAACUGUAGAACUGCCACCAUUGUCUGAUAAGAAUAUGUCUAAAGUACCAGAGAAAACAGAUUCUGUCCAUCUGUCACCAUCCUCAACUCCAAAAUGGACAGAUCCUAAAAUCAAAGACCCAACAUUUAAAAAAUGGGAAGAAAGCUUUUCAGUAUCCUCCAAUUCAAAAACAGCAACCAGCAAACUUGUGCCAUGCAAAGAGCCAACUGAAUUCACCAGCGGGAAAAAAUCAGACCAAGCAGAAAGCAGAGGCCAUAGGAUGCCAUCCCUGAAGUCUCCGCUUCUUGCUAUUCCAGAUUUAAAGCCAUCUGCUCAAAAGAGAAGCCCAAAGAAUCUCUUGAAACAUGUCCAACUUUUAUUAUCUUCUGGAGAGUGUCAGAGUCAGCUGAACGCAUUAGACUUAGAGGCUGGCAGUUCUUCCUCUUAUGAAUCUAGGCUGAGCAAUGAAUAUGAUUCCAAAGGCGUCAGAAAUGUGUUGGACAGCAAUGAAAGCCUAAGUGAAGUAUUAUGGAAAGCCGAGCAAGAACUGAAGUGUAGCCAUUCUUUGCAGACUGCUCCCUUGAACCCUUAUACAAGAACUCAUGGAAAUCAAGAAUGGAGUAAUAAGGGACCUGCACGUUCCCUGCAUGAGUCCCAGAUAGGUAGGUUGGAGGAAGAGAGUUACAGAGACACAGCAGGAACCAACAGUGCCCCCUCAAAUACUUGUUCGUCCCAUGAACCCGCAGAAACUGACCAUACUGCAACAAAAAACAUUGACGACCUAGGAGAAUCGGGGCAUAUUGACAAACACUACUCUGAAUUCGAAAUGGAGUCCAUAGAAUCCCUCUCACACUGUCAAUGCAAUUUAGAUAUCGACUUGAAAGCAACCCAGGAAGAGGACGGUGAGGAAGAUGUUACAAAAUUGAGUGAUCAUCCCGAAGAGGAAGAUUAUGAAGCUCAUUUAAAUCAUGAACUGCAGAAAAGUGCAGUUGGGCAGCCUUCUGGUCCUCUCCUCCCUGAACUGAGUAAGCUUGGCUUUCCAGCUUCUCUCCAAAGAGACUUGACAUGGCGCGCUAGUUUGAAGAGCAAGACUGGUACACAUCUGCCAGAGCCCAAUCUCAACAGUGCCAGGCGCAUUCGGAAUGUCAGUGGUCAUCGAAAGAGUGAGGCAGAGAAGGAAUCCGGGCUCAGGCCUACCUUAAGGCAGAUUAUUAGUGUCUCUCGUAGAAAUGUCAACUGGGAGCAGGUCAUUCAGCAGGUGACAAAGAAGAAACAAGAGCUUGGCAAAGGUUUACCAAGGUUUGGCAUUGAGAUGGUCCCUCUCAUCCAGAACGAACAGGAAGGUCUUGGGUUGGGUGAGGAGCCUGAUCUUACCACUCUUGAAGGGUUCCACUGGGAAGGGAUCUCCGUCAGCUCCCCUGGAUCCAUUAGAAAACGUAGCCUCUCCGAAAGUAGUGUGGCGAUAGAGAAGACGGCUUCUGCUUACAGUUUCUUUGACAAUCAUGGCCCGAGCAAAGAAAACGAGCCGAGGCAGAUCAGUUCAGUGAUGGUUACCGAGGGUGCAACUUCUGGGUUCCAGAUGCAUGCAGAUGCUUUGCCUCGGGUGAAACAAGAGGCAUCUUCUCUCCCUUCAUCACCAUUCAGAACUGACUCCAUCGCCAAUGGAAGGAGGCUCAGCCUACAGACCCCCCCUGAUGCCCGCAGCCUCGGCACAGCUGGCGCAAAAGAAAUCCAUAGGAGCCCAGAAUACAGAGCACAGCUACUUGAAAGCCAAGAUAUGCUGGAAAGUCCAGGGGAAAGAUACUGCUUGGCUUCAGCCCUUGCUGCGUCCAGUGCCGUCGACGCAGCCACUGACAGCAGCUAUACAUCUGGCAAUGAACAGAAUGACAGCCAGGGAAUUGGCAAAAAAAGAAGAGCGACCGGAGAGGGCUCCUCUCCGGAAAUUCCAAGUCUAGAAAGAAAGAAUAAGCGAAGGAAGAUUAAAGGCAAAAAAGAACGUUCUCAGGUAGACCAGUUGUUGUCUAUUUCCCUGAGGGAAGAAGAAUUGAGCAAGUCAUUUCAGUGUGUGGAUGGAAGCCUGUUGCAGGCUCGAGCUGCUUUACAGGCAGCUUAUAUUGAAGUUCAGCGACUCCUUGUACUGAAACAACAGAUAUCUGUGGAAAUGGGCACUUUGAGGAGCCAGAGAAUUGAGAUCCUGCAGGGGCUUCAAGAAACGUAUGAGCCUUCCGAACAGCAGGUUCAUCCCAACAGCUCGAGUGAAAAAAGAAAGUGCAAGCUUCAGCUGACAGAGGCCCUAAAUGCUAAUUCGGGUCUUCUCGUUCCUCCUCUGAAAAACGUUUCGCACCUCUCAGCCCAGAUAUCCCCAGCUGUCUUGGCAGCCCCUCUCCAAGUAAGCGUCCCACCCACAUUCCAAACUACUGGGGUCCUGGGAGCUGUCACAGUUCCUGAUUCGUCCAUUCAAAUCAAGCAAGAACCUGCAUCUCCAAAGCCUGGAGAAGAAAAUAUGAAUACACUACUGCAGAGCUCUCCUUGUUCUCCACUAGCAGAACUCCAGUUGCAAGAUGGGAAUGCAAGCCAGAAAUCUUCCAUGUACCCUGUAAUCUGUGCUUCCAUGUCUUUGUCAGGGCUCAUUGAUUUACAGCAACCUAAUCAAGAUGUCCAAGAUCCUGUUCCUGAAAAGGAGACCACCAGCUUAUCUGGCUGUUUCCCCCUCAGCUGUUCACCAUCUUUAGAGUCAGUGAAGACCAAAGAAAACAAAGACCCUGCAGAGAAUCCCAUCUCAGAACAGUGCACUAGUUCCCUUCAGAGCAGAACCUUCCCUUCUGAAAUGCCUGUGAAUGAAGGUCCCAAACAGGCCACUGAGCAGCUUGAGCAGAUGGCAGUCUCUACUCUGGUCUCCAUAGAGAGCAAAUUAAGCAAGAAAAAGAAGAAGCUGAAGAAGAAGAAAGCACUGCGAGCAGCCCAUGUGCCCGAGAACAGUGACACAGAGCAGGAUGUAAGUGACUCGAAACCUUUCAGGAAAGUCAAGUCUAUAAAGGCGCCCAAAGGAGAAAAAGUUACUACAUCCACCCCUCCAAAGCAAAAAGAUGCAGAGGCUACUCAGGAAAAAAAUGGGAAGAAGGAUGAGAAUGAGAGUGACACGUCUCUGGAAUUUGUGGAGGUCCCCAAAUCUCCUCUUGAAGUGGUGGCCAUUACUUCCUCAGAGUCAGGAGAUGAGAAACCGGACAGCCCUUCCAAGAGGGACUCCUUGAGCUCCCCAGAGCAGCUUUUAAGAGAAGCUUCUCGGUCUGGCUAUGAUGAAGUGAGCUCUACUAGUGAAAUUGGAACAAACUAUAGGGAUGGCAUUGGUAGAAGCGUGGCUGAGACUCAGACAUCUAUAUCAUCAAUUAGAGGAUCAAAAAACUCAUCAGAAGUCUCUUCAGAGCCUGGGGAGGAUGAAGAACCUACAGAAGGGGUAUUUGAAGGGCAUUCAGCUGCAGUGAAUGCUAUGCAGAUUUUUGGGAAUUUGCUGUACACCUGUUCAGCAGACAAAACUAUCCGUUCAUAUAACUUGGUGAACAGGAAAUGUGUUGGUGUAUUUGAAGGGCACACUUCAAAAGUGAACUGCCUGCUGGUUACUCAGACUAAUGGGAAAAAUGCAGCUCUCUAUUCUGGCUCCAGUGACCACAAUAUAAACUGUUACAACAUCAAGACUAGAGAACGUAUUGAUCAGUUUAGGUUAGAUGACCGUGUACUCUGUCUGAACACUAGGUGGAAAAUCCUUUACGCAGGACUUGCAAAUGGCAGCGUGGUCACUUUCAGCAUAAAGAAUAACAAACAAGGUGAUACCUUUGAUUGCCAUGGUCCCAGAGCAAUCAGCUGUCUAGCUACAGCCCAAGAAGGAGCACGCAGGUUACUGAUUGUGGGAUCUUACGAUUGUACGAUCAGCGUGCGAGAUGCCCGAAAUGGACUUCUGCUUCGAACCCUUGAAGGUCAUAGCAAAACAGUCCUCUGUAUGAAGGUUGUGAAUGACUUGGUGUUCAGCGGUUCGAGUGACCAAUCUGUCCAUGCCCACAACAUACAUACAGGGGAGCUUGUACGGAUCUACAAAGGACACAACCAUGCAGUGACGGUUGUGAACAUCCUGGGGAAAGUUAUGGUAACAGCCUGCUUGGAUAAGUUUGUUCGUGUUUAUGAGCUGCAGUCUCACGAUCGUUUGCAAGUCUACGGAGGACACUCGGAUAUGAUUAUGUGUAUGACCAUUCAUAAAAGCAUGAUUUACACUGGCUGCUAUGAUGGCAGCAUCCAAGCUGUGCGGCUUAACUUGAUGCUGAAUUAUCGUUGCUGGUGGCACGGAUGUUCAUUGAUAUUUGGAGUUGUGGACCACCUGAAACAGCAUUUGUUAAAUGACCACACAAACCCAAACUUUCAAACACUAAAAUGUCGCUGGAAGAACUGUGAUUCGUUCUUCUCAUCGCGGAAAACGUCCAAGCAGGAUGCUGUGGGACAUAUUGAAAAACAUGCAGAAGACGAUAGCAAGAUUGACUCAUGAAGUGUUUAUACCUCCCACAUUGGGAAGUACGUUUUCUAUACUGGAAAUUCCAUGUCUUGUCCCUCUUCCUCCUGAGUUCCUACUUGGAGUACGAAGAGGAGUAAGGCUUCUUCUUUUUUUUGCUACAGAGACAACUUUUUGCAUGCAGCUCUGUAGAGAAAGGAAUGAUGGACAGAUUCAGACCAAACAACCACAAAUGUUUUAAGUUUUUAUUCAUCAGGAGAAACAAACUCCUUUCCUUUUUAUUCUACACUCUCAAAGUAGUAGAUGGCGUAUAUAUAAG